CCCGUCUUUCUGCACAGAUCCAGCAACAACUCUCGUCUUGUGUUUUUCUUUUACAGAAGAGACCGUGGUGAAUGAAUGUGGUGGAGAUUGGGGACGAGGACUUUGAAAAGGAUCUCUGGGUUAUACUGUAGUGGAGUCUUCAUUAAAAGUAUCUCGCCAGUGCGGCAUGCCAAUCUUAGGGAUUUGAAGGGAGAGGAGGAGACGAGAAGGGGUCAAUACAUAUUCACUCAGGGCACCAAGCUGAUAGUAACAGCCCAUCAGCUCCCUGCACCGUCAGUGGUGGUCUUUCAACCUUCAGAAGAAGAGCUCUCUAAAGGCACAGCCACUCUGGUUUGCCUGGUGAGCAAGCUGUCCGGGGCUCUCGUUGACAUCAGCUGGACAGCCAAUGAGACAGCAGUGACCAGCGAAGUCCCGCCCAGCCGGCCCUCCAGGGAGUCUGAUGGCACCUUCAGUGUGAGCAGCUGCCUGACCAUCUCCGCGGCAGAGUGGAGGGAGGACAGAGUCUAUUCCUGUAUCGUACAGCAGGGGGCCUCGCUCACCCAGCGCUCCAUACAGCAAUCUCGCUGCUAGUAAUCAGAGAGCAGCUUCACAUUGUGUGCCCUUCUCUUUGUAUGGUGCAUGCUAUCAGUCUGUGGUUCUUAUUGCAAGUUCUCAAAUAUUGUGUUGUAUUAUUUUAAGUCUGUGUAUUCUGUUAAGGUGACUGAGUUCAGGAGCAGCUCCUCAGUUCAAGUUGCCUGCCAUAGACUAGAUCAGCCAAAAUGUAUUUUUAUUAGUAAGCGCCAGCAUCAUCGAGUGUACUUCUGUGCAUUGCCAGCAAAACAAAUACAAACGUGAGAUUAAAAGAUUGAUCCUCUUACUUCUCAAUAUGUUGUACAUAUAUCUUGAUAUUGAAGUGUGAUGAAACUGACUCAAUAAUGUAAUAAAUAUAAUGCGUCAAAGAUGGGCUGGAGAUCUUAAUAUACUUCACCUACUGCUGGUAAACUGAAUAAUCAUACCCAUGGCUAGAAAUGACUAGUUCAGAAGAUGCGGGGCUAUGGGAUUAUCUGUAUUGCAAUUUGUAACUAGUGUUUAGAAGUUCAGCUCAAACCCACAACUUCAUUGGGAAUUUGAAAGGAUCCUG